GGGCCGUCAUUCGUUUGUACACGUAACCGCGAUGAAGAUCCUGGGUGCUUCGGUGCUAUGCACGCUACUGCUGCUGGCGAGCGCUGAAGAAAAAUCCGAUUCAAAAGCCGCCGACGACAAAUCUGCAGAUUCCUCCUCAGUUGAGAAGAAACAGGACAAAAGAGGAUUGGAGCUUGGAUACGGCGGCGGCGACGGGUUUAGCGGCGGCGGAGGCGAUUAUGGGGGUGGGGGUGGUGCUGACGAUUACGGAGGCGGUCAUUUCGACCUCGGCGAGCAUCACGAGAAAACCGUAACGGUGAUUAAGAAGGUACCGCAGCCAUACCCGGUCACCAAGGAAGUACCGGUACCCGUAGAGAAGAAAGUUCCAUAUCCCGUGAAGGUGCCGGUUCCUCAUCCCUACCCAGUUGAGAAACAUGUCCCGUAUCCGGUCAAAGUACCCGUUAAGGUGCCGGUUCCCAUCCACAAACCCUACCCAGUCGAAAAAUUGGAACAUGUUCCUGUCAAAGUCCACGUUGACAAACCGUACCCGGUAAAAGUUUUAGUUCCGCAACCCUAUCCGGUAGAGAAAGUGGUACACGUACCCUAUAAAGUACUAGUUCCGGCGCCCUAUCCCGUAGAAAAGGAAGUACCCUAUCCAGUAAAAGUACCUGUACACGUUCCAAAACCGUAUCCAGUAGAAAAAAUUGUUCCUUACCCCGUAAAGGUGCACGUAGAUGUACCGUACCCAGUACACAUUCCAAAGCCAGUACCUGUACACGUUGAAAAGAAAAUACCCUAUCCCGUUUUCAAACCAGUACCUGUCCCCGUAAAAGUUCCGGUAGACCGCCCGGUACCUUACCCAGUAGAAAAACCACAACCCUAUCCAGUUAAAGUACCAGUACCUGCACCAUAUCCGGUUGAGAAAAACAUUCCGGUACCUGUCGAAAAACCGGUACCAUAUCCCGUAAAGGUUCCCAUUUUCAACCCAGUGCCUUACGAAAUAGAAAAGAAAGUUCCAGUAGAAAUAGAGAAACCGGUACAUGUACCAGUAAAAGUACCUAUAGCAGUACCGAUCAAAGAGCACCACCACUUUGGGGGAGGUGAGGAAUACGGAGGCGGAUACGGGGGUGGACAUGAAUAUGCCGGCGGUUACGGCGAAGGACAUGACUACCAUAAGUGAUUAGAUUAGAUCCUCAUCUCACUUAAUUUUAUCAGUAUUAUUUAUAUUUUUGUAUUGUGAUGUUUUUGUUAGUCAUUAAAAUAUUUUUUCUA